AUGAGCAUCUUGAACGCCGUCGCCGACAGGUGCGUCCAAGAGGCCAGAGAGCAAGACCAGCCGCGCGGAUCGCCAUGCUUUCGGCUGUUCGUUCUCUGUCUACCGGGAUCAGGGAAGUUCCAGCUCAUCCGGUGGCUGUGCGGCGAGGACGUGGGGUUGUUCCCCACGCGCAUGGGAUGGGAGCGCGAGGUGCGCUUCAUGAUGACGGCCCCGAUGAAUUCCAUGGCGAGCAACAUGGGUGGGGGGACCGCCCGCAUCUUCAGCGAGCUCGGGAUUGAUCUCAUCACGGGAGUCCAGUCAGGCGGGAAGAAGGACCCGGGGCUGUUUGAGAAUUUGCUUCGCGCGAAAAUCCAGCACAUGCGCUGGCUUAUCAUCGACGAGAUCGAGGGCGCGUCAGUGGAGCUGCUGGACGCCGUGCGCAGGCAG